AUGGAGAAGCGAGGCCCGACCCCGGGCUCCGGCUCGUAUGGCAAGGCGUGCAUGCAGUGCUCCAAGGCAAAGAGCCGAUGCGUGGCUCGACCUGACAGCGUUGGAUGCGAAAGGUGUUUACGUCUCAAGAAGCAGUGCCAGCCGUCAGACUCGACUCGCAGGCGAACUCUUCGGAAUCUCGAGUCCGGUGCGCACAUCGCGAAGCUGGAGGGCAGGAUCGAUACCCUCACGACAAUGCUGGAAUCCAUCACCAAUGCCACCGGAUUGACAUCUACCGAUAUACAGCAUAACCCAGAGGAGUCCGAAGUGAGUACUGGGCUCAGAUCAACCGGGGACAUCGGCAACUCGAUCAACUCUGAUAACGAUGCGGUGGCGCCAUCCUUGACUGACGCACCGUCACAUUCAAGUCCGUAUCGUACCGGUGGCACUUCCAGAUCUCCGCAACCACUGGGCGACCUGGCUCCGGAGGACGCGGCGUGGUAUCUAGAUCGCUUCAAAAAUCAUAUGCUACCAUGUUUCCCUUUCAUCUGUAUCUCCCCCGAUAUCACCGCGCAACAAUUGCUGCAAGACCGGCCUUUUCUUGCCGAGGCAAUAAUCGCGGUAGCCACCCCCUCGACACAAGAGAAGCAGGCUCGCGCCGAUACACUGAAGUAUAAUCUGACCAAAUCUGCGGUGCUAGAGAACCAGUCCAGCAUCGACAUGCUGUUGAGCAUACUGACUUACAUUGCAUGGAGCACCGAUCCGUUCUUCCAACGCGCAAGCAACUUGUCACGCAUGAUAAUGCUCGCUAUGUCCCUGGUCUAUGAUCUACAAUUGGACAAACCGGCACCACCCCCACCAGACACGCAAUUUAUAGCAAAAAUGGCCCCGGGACUUAGGAAUGCGGAGCAGGUCUCUAGCAACAGUUCGGCUCAGGGUAUUCUGGAGCAGCAACGGGCAGUCCUGGCUUGCUUUGUCCUCAGCUCCAUUAUCUCGUCUUCCUUCGGACGCAUAGUUCCUCUACAGUGGGACUCGCAGAUGGAAAAAGCAGUUAUUGCUCUCGAGGUGAACAAAGGAUCACCAUCAGAUGAAAGCUUCGCGAUCCAAGUUCGCCUGCAGGCUCUCACACAGAGGGCACUACAUGUUCGCAAACCGCAAGAUGCAGAUAACGCCGGCGCAACAGAGGCGCCAACUACCACCUUCGCAACUUCUAUGUAUCUCAAGGUGCUAAAGGGUCAACUUGAAGAGCUCAGAGCCUCGAUUUCACCACAUCUCCCUCGACAAGACAUGCUCACUGCACACGCGCACUACGUCGAGCUGUGUAUCAACGAAGUAACCCGCCUAGCUAGCUCAGAAGCCCCCCUCCUCCCUACAUCAGGGUCUAGCAGCAGGACUAUGGCCGGAUGCGAACCCCUCGAGAGCCUAUGGCGGUCCCUACAUGCCGUCAAAUCAUGGCUAGACGUCUUCUACACGAUACCACCGGCUGCGUACGUGGGAUUUCCAUUCUUCAUCUGGUUCCAGCUCGUCCGGUGCCUCGUGAUCCUGAAACACCUAUCGACGUUCGAUGAUCCGGCGUGGGACUGUCAGGCCGUGCGAAACACGGUUGACAUGCUCACGUUACUGGAAUGGAUGGCUGAAAAGGCUGAGCUAGCAAGUCGAGAGGCGGAGGAGCGAUCGGAUGACGAUGUCUUUCGCCGUGUUGGGAAGAUGUUGCGUCUGUCUCAGAAAUGGGUGGCUGAGAAACAACAGAGGGCCGCAGCGGAAGGUUCCCCCUUGAUAUACAAUGAUGGUCCUGGCUUAGUCCCUAUCGGAGAUGACAUGAUAGACAUGACCGAGAUGGCGUGGAUGGAUGCGCUAGAAUCUGGCUCCGGAACGUGGCUUGAGGAGGUUCUAGGGUGGUCUCCGAUGGCGCUUUAA